UCGUCCGGCAGAUGGCACCAAUAAAUUACAGUGUGAAGUUCGUCGGUGACAAGUCUUGCGACAAAUCGACUUACGGCUCUGUUACUUUCUCAAAGCGAUUUGGAAGCGAAACCUUUACAACACGGUGAAACUCUGUGGAAAGAUGUAAUUGGACUAUAUUUCAGUCAUACACUUAACUUAAAUUACAUUGCUAAAAUGGCUGAAGAUCAAGCAGAUCAUUUAGCAGGAGCAAGCACAACACUAGAUGGAGUUCCUGGCCUUAAAGACAUUCUCAUUCCCAGUAGAGUACAGUCGACUGAUCAAGAGUUCCUUAUAACGCCUUCAAAUGAGGCUGACACAUCUAGUCUUUGUGGAUUGUGCAUCUCUAAUCCUGGACAUUACACCUGCCCACGUUGCAAUAUUCGUUUCUGUUCUUUACAGUGUUAUCGUGGGGAUAACCAUGGAGCAUGUUCUGAAGAGUUCUAUAAAGAGUCUAUCUUUGAGCACUUGAAAUUGGAACAAGCAAGUGAGGAAGGAAAGCGACGGAUGGAGGAAAUCCUUUUGCGAACACAUCAGAUGGAAAAUAGUGAAGAAUUAGAACAGUUUGAAGAUGGCUUGGAGACAGAAGGGUUGUCAGAGAGGCUGGCAGGGUUAGACUUGGAUAAUGUGUCAGAAGAUGAGAUUUGGGAUCAUCUUAGUGAAGGAGAUAAGAGAAAGUUUAAUGAUCUUCUAAGUAAUGGAAAAAUAGGAAUAAUGGUGAAGCAGUGGGUACCAUGGUGGGAAAAGCACGAGACAAGAUUAGUGGAAGAAGUAGAGGUAAACAUGGAAGCAGAAGACAUAAAACUGAUUGGUCUUUCUAAGAAUGAAGCCUGUUUAUCAAAGCAAAAUGAAAAAAGUGAGCCUGAAAUUACAGAAAUGACAGCUAACUUAACAAAUAGCAAGAAAACCUCUAUCCCACCCAUAUACACUAAUAUCCCUCCUCUCAACGCAUUGAAUCGUAGCCCAUCUCAUCUUGUCAGGUACAACCUUGUCAAUGCUUUGUAUUCUUACACAUUUUGUUUGCAGCUUUACAAUGGGGACAUAUCGGAGGACUUCAUAAAGCUGGAGUUCACCCAGGCUUUACUGAACAUUUCACAAGCCCUGGGCUCAGCCAGGGUCUUUGGCUCUGUAGAAGAAGCCCUGCAUGCAGGUGUAGAUUCAGUACGGACUGGUCCUCUGUAUGACAAGGAUGAUCCCCUGGCUGCUCUACGUGCCGUAUUAGCUGUAGCCCAUGUACUUGUGGGAGAAAGUCGAUCCCAGGUUAGCAGGUACACGCUGGCUUCUCUGUCACAGAUGCGAAAAGUCUUGGGUUAUGUGCGGAAAACAGACCCACAAUUAUCGGAGGAGGAAAAGAAAAAAUAUUUCAGGACCCAGAAAAAGAUAGAAUUUUUGAUGGCCUGGGUGUGUGAUAAUGAGAAUUUGUUAAUCACUCUUGCCCUCAAGGUGCAGUCAAAGUACAAGACCUUCAUGCAUGAGCAAAUUGAAAUUAAAGCUGGUGAACUGAAACUGGAAAAGAUCCAGGGACAACGGACAUUAUCCAACAAAGCAGUUCUCAUUGAGGAGCUCAACUGAUGUGCUGGAAGUAUGAGAAAAGUGGUUUUUGAGAGUACUAAUUUUAUUGACUUUCACAGAUAAUCAAUAUGCAGGUAUCUUUGCAGUGACUAAAAAUGUUGUGUUAACAAAGGAAGGUAUCCAAUAAAAAUAACUAAUUUAGAUUGCCAGUUAUCAAUAGUGUAUUUUGUUACAGGAAGAAGGAAUACUGGGAUUUUGUUUUUGAUGGUACAGUGUGUGAAUUGAAUAUAUACAUCACGUAUUUUCAAACCCUCUUCAUCUAAUUCUGUGUCACAGAAGGCUGGAGCAUGUUCUGGUAGCAUGUGGGGCAAGUUGGGAAGCGGCCCUCAAUGGGGAGCCAGACCAUUGCAAAAUUUGUUAAUUUGGGAUGUUAUGCUAAAAUUAUAUUGUCUUGGAAAUUCUACCUAGCAGUUUAUUUCUAACACAGUUAACUGGCUAAUUUGUAUCUAAUGUGAGUUAGAAUAAAUUGGUUUAGACAAAAUGUAUAUAGCAACAGUUAAAAUUGAAAUAGAAAGCAUAACAACAUAAUAAGGCACUCACAUUCUGUAUAUACAAAAAUAAUUUACAAAUAAAAUGAGCUGACAUUAGAAAGCUCCCAGAAAACAUUUUGAAUUCUUUAAAUUUAUGUGGAUUUCUACAUUAAUUACUCAUAAAAUUGUGCUCUGAACUUCAACAAAGCCACGGUCAUAGACAAACCCCAUUUACUUAAACACAAACAUUUGUUUUAACAUUCACAUUCAGGCUGAGAAAAGUACAUGAACAGCUGUAGUAACCAACAGAACCACCUUUAGCAGCAAUAACCAUACUUCGUGUUGGUAUAGCACGAAGUAUUGUGCAUUUCUGUCAAACUUUGCACAUUUGUCCAUAGAACAUUAUCCAAGAAAUGGUGUUAAUCAUUCAGGGGGUUUUGCAAACUUAAUAAAUUAAGCAUAUGGUUUCUUCUGUGGUGUCCUUACAUGGCCACCAUUCUUGUUCAUUGCUUUUCUUAGCAGACAUUUGUAUGAACAGAUACUUUCCUUGGCUGUUUACCUUAAAAUUCUGUUUUACCUCCCUCAGCAUUACACUCUGAGUUACUGCCAUGAUCUUUCCAGGGUGGCCAUUCCAAGGAAGAGUAGCAACAAACCGUUCUGAAUUUCUUACAUUUGCAUUUGCCUUACUGUGGAUUGAUUAGCACCCAGAUUCCGAGAAAUGCUUUUUACAUUUUGUUUCAGCUUUAUAUAUCUGGACAAUUCUUCUAAGGUUCUCUGAUAUUCCUUUUAAUCACAACAUGGUUGACGAUACAGAUAUUUUAUUUUGUUGUUGGGUGAGGUGAAUAAAGCCUGCAUUUAAAUGG